UUACAAUCUCAAGAGGAGCUUGUUGGGUCAGGACGUGGACUUUUAUUCUUUUAUGUGACUGUUUUUUUUACUUAAACUCAAAGGAAAGAUGAUGGCCCUUUUCAGGAAACUGUCAUGUCAGGCAAAAAUAAGUGCUAUCUGCCUUGCCGUCACUUUUAUUGCAUUAUUUCUAUAUUUUCAGUCACAGUCUCCUUUUUGUCCAUCUACGUCUACAUUAGCUGAUGAACUAACCUCUGAAGGCACAGUUCCCACUGAAAAGCCCAUCGUCCUGCUGUGGUUCUGGCCUCUUGGUGUGAGGUUUGAUUUCAAAAUCUGCUCAACCUACUUCAACAUUAGUAGCUGCAUACUGACUGAUGAUAGAUCCAUGUACAGCAGAGCAGAAGGAGUUAUUAUCUUCCAUAGAGAUAUCAACUGGCACUUGAAUAACCUUCCCAAGGACCCACGUCCAUCUUUUCAGAAAUGGAUUUGGUUCCACGUGGAAUCUCCGACAAACACACUGAAGAUACCAGGUUUGGAAAACCUGUUCAACUUAACACUGAGCUACAGACGAGACGCCGACAUUGUGGUGAGGAAUGAGGUGACUGUCAAGAAAGAAGAGAUGAAGGACGUCUUUGUUCUGCCUAAGAAAGACAAACUGUUGUGUUGGAUUGUCAGUAACAAUGUUGCGAGCACUGGAACAAGCACAAGAGAGAAAUAUUACAAUGAACUGUCCAAACAUAUAAAGAUUGAACUGUUUGGUUCUGCACAUACAGGGCGUCGGUUGAGCUAUGAAGACUAUUACCCAACCCUUGCUAGUUGUAAGUUUUACCUCUCAUUUGAGAACUCGCUCCACAAGGACUACUUUGUAGAAAAGGUAAACGGGCCCCUCGUUGCAGGGUCGGUCCCUGUAGUUAUGGGUCCACCAAGAGAAAACUAUGAGCAGUUUAUUCCCAAUGGCUCCUUCAUUCACAUCAAUGAUUUCCCUGACGCAAGAUCACUGGCAGAGUUUCUACAGCAGCUGGACAAGGAUGAUAAAGCAUACAUGGGUUAUUUUGAGUGGAGAAAGUAUUAUAAAGUGGUGCCUCAUCUUUUGUCAAUGCAGAAUGAAUUCAUUCAUCCCAUCUGCCUCGCCUGUGACCACAUUUCAAAAGACAAGGAGUACCAUGUAGUUAAUGACCUUUAUGAGUGGUACUUUACAUGAAAACUGCUGUGACAUCAUUUUGUUAGAAGUUAUUAGGCAGUGAAGACACUGAAUAUCUCAGGGUUCUUGGUUGUCGAUUGAAAACUCUAAACAAACUCUUAAUUGGACUUGGUUUUUUUUUGGUUCGUUUUUUUUCCUUUACCUUGUUUACCAGUUUCGGCGUAUAUCUUCUGCCUUCCUCAGAAUUGUCACCUGCUGGAUGAUGGUGGUGGAGUGCCUUAUCAGCUAACAUCAGGUAGAUAUCAUAUAUAUCGUCUACGAUAGUAUCUUAAUUGUGGUUUUAACGAUGUGUGAAAUCACAAUAUCGAGUAUGUCGAAAUCAUUUUGGAAGAACCAAUCAAAACACGCCUUUUUUAAGAGGCCACACAUUCACUGCAUGAUCAAUCAUGAUGCGGCACAUGCGCAUUGAGAACACAUGACGUGUCCACGCUUCACAACAACAAGCUAAUGUAGCUGCAUGUAUGGCUGAAGUUAAACAUGAGUGAACAAACGGCACCAAGAGACCAAACACAAACUCAUACCAGCCUCGGAAUCGACGUUGUUAGAUUAAAUAACUAAAUCUGGAUCAUCCUC